AUGGGGGAUGUUCCGCAGUGCGUAUUGUUUGAACAUGCCGUCGGAUAUGUUUUAUUCCGUGUUACAGAAUUUGAAGAUAUCGGAAUGACUAUUCCUCAGGUGGAGGAGUCUGUUGCUGAUGUACAUCGAUUUUGUUCAAUUGUUAAGGUGGAAGCUUUCGAGCCUUUUAAAAAUACUGAAUCUGCAUUGGAAAAUUGCAAUAGUAUAUCAGAAGGCCAACUUUGUCCAGAUUUGCUUAAUUUUUUGGAAGCAAAUUUGCCAAGAAAGAAAAAGAGAGUGGUUACACUUGCUGUUGGUGAUUCGAGAUUGGCUUCCGCUAUAAACGAACAAAUCAGUGGUGUAAAAUGUCAGAUUUCUGGAGUUGUUCCAGAACUUUUGCGUGGUGUACGCAUGCAUUUUGAACAUCUUGUCAAAGGCUUACCUCAUCAUUCACUUUCAAAAGCUCAGCUAUCACUUGGUCAUGGUUAUUCGCGGAAAAAGGUUAAAUUCGAUGUUCAUCGAGUGGAUAAUAUGGUUAUCCAAUCAAUUGCACUGUUGGAUCAACUUGAUAAAGAUAUUAAUCUUUUCGGAAUGAGGAUUCGAGAAUGGUAUUCAUAUCAUUUUCCCGAGCUUUUCAAACUGGUUCCUGAUCAGUUUAGUUAUGUAAAAUGUGCAUCCAUUAUAAUGGAUCGAAAGAAUCUUGAUGAUGAGGUAGUCAAAAAAUUGAAUGAAAUUUUGGAAGACAAUAAUAAAGUAGCGGAAAUAGUGGAAGCUGCACGAACAUCGAUGGGAAUGGAUAUUUCUGACCUUGAUUUAUUUAAUGUUGAUCGUUUCGCAAAGCGUGUUGAUGAAUUAACAGCUUAUCGCCAGAAACUUCACUCAUAUGUCAAAGAACGUAUGCACUCAUGUGCUCCUUCACUUUCGGCAUUAAUUGGAGAACAGGUCGGUGCUCGUCUGAUUUCACAUGCAGGAAGUCUAACAAACUUAGCAAAAUAUCCAGCAUCAACUGUGCAGAUACUUGGGGCUGAAAAAGCGCUUUUUCGUGCACUAAAAACUAGAUCAAAUACACCGAAAUAUGGCCUCCUCUUCCAUUCUUCGUUUAUUGGUCGCGCAUCAACCAAAAAUAAAGGCCGUAUAUCACGUUUUCUUGCAAAUAAAUGCACAGUGGCUUCUCGCAUUGACUGUUUCUCAGAUAUCCCAGUGUCUACAUAUGGUGAACACCUCAAGCAGCAGGUAGAAGAUCGUCUGAAAUUUUUGGAAAGUGGUACAGUUCCAAAAAGGAAUUUAGAUGUGAUGAAGGAAGCGAUUGAAGAAGCAGCCGUUACAAAAAUAAAGAUUUUGAAAAAGAGGAAAAAAGAAGCAAAAAGAGCUAAAAGAGCAGCCGAGCAGCAAGCAAAUGAAGAUCUAGAUACAACUCAAGGGUCACAAACAGAUGCGAAUGUAAUGGAAGUAGAUGAAGAAAUUGUUGAAGAGAAAGCUAAGAAGCGGAAGUUGGUGUUACGUGAAGAAAAUAUGAAUGGUGAACAAAAGGCACAUGAUAAGAAUAUCGUAGACAAUAGUCAUAAGAAGAGAAAGAAAAAACAAAGUUCAAAAAUCGUAACGAAUGAGUCCAUUCACAUUGAGGAAAACGGCGGAGUACAGAAUGAAGAAGGCAGUUCAAAGAAGAAAAAGAAGGUAAUGAAGAAAAAUGAUCUAGAAAUAACAGAAAAUGAUGAUGAUUUGCUCGAAUAUCCUCAAGACGCACUUUCAGAG